AUGCGGCUUUCAGUAGCCCGACCGGACUCGUCGACUGAUCGUUCAGUAUGUCCCAUUACACUGGAGCCAAUUCGCGAUCCUGUCACAGCCAAAGAUGGCCAUACAUACGAACGCGAGGCAAUUGUAAAAUGGGCUUUACAGUCAAAUGGAACAAGCCUCAUGACCCGACAACCUCUCGGUGUUAGGCGACUGCUACUUGACUCGACUAUCCAAUAUUCAGGAGCUGCUCCGAUGCCUUUUGUGAGAUCAAAUCAUGUUGCAUCCCUUUAUCCAACCAAUUCAUCUGAUGUGCCUACUACACUAAUGCAUGGACCAAAAUGCUACAAGAGCGGUUUUUGUCAAGGGUAUCGUACUUGGCCUCAUGGCAAUUGA